AUGCAUCAAAUAAAUCAACACAAUAAUGAACAAGCUGUUAAAAAAGAAGACAUUCUUAAAUGGAUACCUAAAACAAAUAGUUCUUUUAAGCUUAUAGAAUCUUUGUUAUCAACACCAACAAACUUGCAAGAAAUACUUAAUUAUAACCCAAUUAUUAUCAGUGUAUUGGUAGACCAACCAUACAAAAGAGAGUUAUUGACUAUUAUUUACAAAUUACUUUUUAUUGUACAUUUUACAUCAUCACAUUUUAAAAUAUUAAGAACAAAUAUUAAUUUAGUGAGUGACGAAGAAUAUUUUAUUAAGAUUGGUUUUUUUAUUAAACCGCCAAAUUUUCUAAAAAAACUUAGUAAAAGCACUUUGGAUUUUUUGACAAUAGAAGAAAUUUAUAAAUUUAAAGAGUUUAUUUAUUUAGCAAAAAAUAAUGCAAUUUUUUAUAAAAAAAUUUAUGUGCAUAAACUUUUUAAAAAUGAAAGAUUGAGAAUUUUACAACUUGUUAAAGAUAAAAAUGAAAUUGUUAGUUUAAAAAAUUAUACUUUAGAACAAGCUGAUUAUUUAUAUAGUAUUAGAAAAGAACUAAGUACUAAAAAUAUUCUACAAAUUGUUGAGUACAAAAUAAAGAAAGGAAUAAUAAGUAAAUAUAAAUACAAAAUGCGAUAUUUAUUAAUUGUAUUUAAAAAAUUAGAAGAAAAAUAUUUUAAUCCUAAAAUUUCUAAGGAAAAUAUAAGUAAAAAUUUGCCAUAUAAAUUUAAAAAUAAGAAUGUACAAGAAUGGAUACGAUAUUUUAUCAUAAAAACUAAAAGAUAUGAAGUAGAUACACAAUAUUUUACAGUCUUAAAAGGAAACGAAAUUUUGAGAAAAUAUUUUUUGUAUCAAGUUAAAGAUGAAAUAGAUAGUUUUAUUGUAGAAAAUAUCGAAAACAUAGAAAAUCUAACAUAUAUUUUAGAUUUUAUUAGAUACACUAAACGCUUUGAAUAUUUACUAAAACUUCUUAGGGGAACAGAAUGUGAGAAUAUUAAAUCUUUAAUAAAAGAAAUUGAUAUAGUUAAUGAAGAAAUUGCAAAGGAAGCCUGUAAAAUCACAGAAAAUAAGAAACUUAUUUUAUACAUAAUUAGAUGUCAGUAUGAUGUUCUAGAAGAACUUUAUAAUAAUGACUUAUUUUUACAAUUUAUAAAUAGUUUUGAUGCUAAUAUACUUGUUAAACAUACUGAUUUAAUUUUUGUGAGAAAAGAUGUUUACGAAAAUGAAAAAAUAUUUAAAGAACUUAUAAAUAAGUUGCAUAAAAAACUGCCUGAAAAAGAUAGGGUUUUUUUGUAUAUACUUAAAUACAUGAACAACAAUUAUCAAGACUAUUUGUAUGACAUUUGUCCCCUUUUUUUUGAUGAUACAAAGUAUAUGUCCUUUUAUGUGCAUAUAUGUCUUAAAUAUAAUAAAAUACCAUAUGGAAUUAUGAAAUAUAAAAUAAACAGAGACAAGAUAAUGUUAAAUUUUAUUUAUGAUAAAAAGUUAUUUCUUGAAUAUAUAAAAUACGAGAUUAAUCCAAAAGUUCUAUUUAAAAUUUUAAAUAAAUUACAGAAUAAAAAAAAUACAACUUCACUUGUACCUGAAGAUGUUUACAGAGUAUUAAUAGAUCUAAAUCUUGAUAAUAAAAAGCUUAUUAAUAUUUUAAAAGGUAAACUUAAAGGUUUAAAAUAUUUAAUAGACACCGGCGAAAUAUCUUGUCUUCUAAAUUUACUGAUAGAAUAUAAAAAUAAAAAAAUUAUUAAAGGUAUUCUUAGAGAAAUAAUUGAAUGUAUUGAACUUGAUAAACAUCUAAAUUUUAUAAUAAAAGAUCUUCUUCUUAUUUCGUUAGAUUAA